AUUUUUUUUUUAAAAAAAAAGGAAAAAAAAAAAACUCUCUUGCUCUCCUUCUAUAUCUAUGUGCUCUCCAUUUCCUGAUUUCUCUUAAGUUAUCAUUAUUUCUCCCUUUCUCUGCUACUCACUAGCAUAGUCCUUUUCUUUGAGAAAGCUUAGAUCGAGCGAGAUAUAAUGGAUGUGAUGGGUGAUCUUUUGCCAUUCUUGGCCAUGGUUCUUGUGCAGUUUGGGUUCGCAGGCAUGAAUAUCACGUCAAAGCUUGCAAUGGACUCUGGCAUGAGCCCACUCAUUCUUGUCUCUUACCGGCAAAUCUUUGCCACCAUUGCGAUGGUCCCCUUUGCUUAUUUCUUUGAGUGGAAAACAAGACCCAAGAUUACCAGGACUCUGCUGUUGCAGAUUUUCUUGUGUUCCCUUACUGGGGUGACUGGAAACCAGGUUUUUUAUUUUGUUGGGCUAGAAAAUUCAACCCCGACGAUUGGAUGUGCACUGACUAAUAUUCUUCCUGCUGUCACUUUUGUUCUUGCAGUCGUUCUCGGACAAGAAUCAGUUGGAAUCAAGAAGAUAUCAGGGCAAGCUAAGCUGUUAGGGACAAUAAUAUGUGUUGGAGGUGCCAUGUUGUUGUCGUUUUACCAUGGAGCGAUCAUCAGUAUAGUCGAAUCCAGCAUUCACUGGAAAUAUGCGGAUGAAAUGGGAAGCAGCAAUUCUGCUUCAAAAUCAAACUUCAUUUUAGGCCCUCUGUUUAUAAUGGCAAGUGCUGUUUGUUGGGCAAUCUGGUUUACAGUCCAGGUGAAGGUAAGCGACAAGUUUCCAGCUCCAUACACCAGCACGUUGUUGAUGUGCUUCAUGGGUAGCGUUGAGUGCGUGGUCAUUGGCCUUGGUGUUAAUCACAAAUUAUCCCAAUGGUCAUUGCACUCUCCAGACAGGCUUGUUGCUGCUCUUUAUGCAGGAAUUGUCUGUUCUGCUCUAGCAUUUUCCCUCACUACAUGGAGUAUCCAAAAGAAAGGAGCACUCUACGUCUCAGUCUUCAGCCCCCUGUUGCUGGUUAUAGUCGCUGUUCUGAGUUGGGCCCUGCUGCGUGAGAAAUUAUACGUUGGAACUGCUGUAGGAUCUGCCAUGAUUGUUGCUGGCCUUUAUGCUGUUCUGUGGGGGAAAGACAAGGAGAUGAAAUUGAAGGCUUUUGAAGAGAUAGAAGCACGGAAGGAAGAGAAAGGUGAUCUUGAAUUUCAGCUGCCCUCAAAUUCCAAUGGCAGUAUUGCUCCUGCUGCAAACUAAGUGAGAGAAACAUUGAACCAAAGCAAAGUUCUCUGUUUCAGCAAUUCAUCUACCAAGAAACAUAAAUUUCACCCAAAAUCCACACAGCUCUUGCUUUGAGGUGUAUGUGGGUGAUUUUCUUUGCCCCAUUUUAAGAGUAAUAUUAUCUUAGGCUAUUAGCUUAACCAAGAACUUGAUUAAUUAUCAUCUUAAGGAUCAUUGCUUUGUUUAAUAUAAGCACAUGUGCUAGUGCUGCAUUUUGUUAAA